AUGCCCGGGACCAUAGUUGUCGAGGGGAUGGAAAUCGCCCCGGAGGAGCUCGAUGAAGCGGGAUGGACCACCGCCCUCGGCAGCAAGCGAAAACAACCAACGACUACGCCGUCAUAUAGCGGGCAACCUGUCACCAAGAAUAUGACAGCUGGCAGCCGCACGGCCAACUCGCCGGCCAAAAGGUUCAUGAAGCAGGCGGACCUCAUCCGUAGCAAGGGCUACCACUGCCAGGAGUUCGCGGUCACCACACAGGACAGCUACGUGCUGUCCAUGCAACGCAUCCCGUACGGCCGGGGGGUGAUCCCCUUUCCUCCGCCUCGGAGCCGAAGGCCACCCGUGAUUCUCGUGCACGGAUUCCUGUCUUCGGCCGUCGAGUGGGUCAUCAACUAUCCGCACCAGAGCCUAGGUUUUCUCCUCGCGGAUGCCGGCUACGAUGUAUGGCUGGCAAACCUUCGAGGAACACCGUAUGCGCGCCAACACCUUCAACUCACCGAGGCAGAUAAGAAAUACUGGAACUUCGGGCUCGACGAAGUGGGCCUCUAUGACAUUCCGGCGCUGGUAGACUACGUGCUCACCCUGACGGGAUGGAGCGAGCUCUUCUACGUGGGGUUCUCACAGGGCAACGCAGCCGCCUGGGUCACGCUCUCCGAGAAGCCGGAAUACAACGCCAAGAUACGGCUUUUGCUGGCUUUGGCACCCAUCGGCAACGUGACCCACCUCAGGAGCCCCGCCAGGCACAUCACGCCGUGGUCUCCUCUUCUUACGGCGGCGCUGGUGAAGCUGAACCGCGGCCGAGUGUUGGUGCGCGAGCCCAGCCACCGGUACGCGUCGUACACCGUGUGCGACACCACGACGCGCAUGCGCUACCUGUGUUCGACGCCCGGCUUCCACUUCCUCGGCGUCAACCACGCGCAGCUGAACGUGGUGAGCGAGCGGGGACAAUGGCAGCGCGGCGGUGAGCCACCUAGCGGGGUCCUUCGAAAUCUCUCGCCCCAGAGACUGCUUUCUCGGAGUAGCGGAAACGGAUCUCGAAGGCUACGCUUUCGUGCUGCCUGCACGUACCGGAAGCAUUUGCAGGAGCCCGAAGCAGGUUCUGGAGCAAGGCCCCCUGUUGAGUUUGAAUUGUCGGAAUUCGAGGUUACACCUCGCGUACCUGAGCUGUUCAUGGGAGAGGGCAGAAAAGAAUUUAAUAUUAGGAGGGCGAAGCAAUUCCGCAAGUACAGCUACGGCGCAUGGGGCAACCUGAAACGCUACGGUCAGACUGUUGCACACACAGUUGCCCUAAGCAUCUUAUACACACAACCGGGAAAUAUUGCUCUCUUUUCUUUUUUUUUUUCGCCGCAGCCCGUCGCACCAACAUAUGACUUGUCAAACGUCAGGGUACCUGUGGCCAUGUUCUCCAGCCUCGCCGACUACCUGGCGCCUCCCGAAGACGUGGCUGCUCUCCGUGCCAACCUCCGGCACGUGCUGGUCUACGACUACAUAGUUCCCGACCCGAACUUCUCCCACCUGGACUUCGUGCUCGGCUUCCACGUCUACGAGAUCCUCUACAAGCCCAUGCUAGAGCUAUUGGACGUGUGGAGUCGGGACUACCUCAUUGUGUAAUGAUACACACACACCGUGAAUGUUGUUUUGUUGUAAAGUGAAGGCCGUGCUGGUUUGCCCAGAAAACUAUGCGACCAGUACUACAACUUGUGCUCGGAGACGCGCGUAAAACCAGCAAAACUCCGCUGUGAGAGCCUGCGCUACGUGGAGAACAACGUAAAACUGUGGCGCUUUGAAUUUUGAGAACAAGCGCUUUUGCGUUGGGCGCAGUUUCA